AUGGUUGAUACAUUGCACCCUCCCCCUUCGGUCAUUGCCUCAUGGCCCAAGGCCAACUAUAUUGACCCCCACACGAGAGGCCCUGCUUUGGAGUAUGUUUGUAUCAUAUUUAGCGCAGUGGCCGUGUUCAUCGUCACCGCCCGAGUGUGCUCACGUCUCUUCAUCACGAGAGCACCUGGUUUGGAUGACCUUCUCGCCGUCAUUGCUCUACUUUUCAGCAUUGCCUUCUCGGUCUUGGUGAUCAUCGGCAACGUAUCCUACCAUAGUGGUCGACACGUAUGGGACAUACCAAGCAACACGUUUGUUCCUCACCGAAUCAACGUCUGGGUCAGCAUGUGGUGCUACGUUUCAGCAGCAUGUAUGAUCAAGAUCAGUGUGCUCUUGUUCUACCGCAGGCUGAGCGUCAAGUUCAGUAAAUUAUUUCUGGUGGCCACUUGGGCGGGGAUUGUCUACAAUAUCCUCUACCUGCUUGCAUUUGGACUGGCUCUACUACUACUCUGUGACCCUAUCUACGCAUACUGGAAAGAGUUUGACAUCACCUGGGCCGCUUCACACAAGUACAGAUGCAGCUCAGAAAACGUGGCGCUUCCAGCUUCAGCGGGCUUCAGUGUCCUGGGUGACUUCUACAGUACCUUGUUGCCACUCCUGCUGAUAUUCCACCUCGAUCUUCCUUUCAGGCAGAAGGUUGCGCUGUACGGCCUCUUCGCUCUGGGAUUUCUGGCAGUGGCUGCAGGAAUCGUUAGGACCGUAUUGUUGUACCAUAUGCUGAACACGGACUAUGACUUUACUUGGGUGCUGUGGGAAACGUGGAUUUGGGCGGUGGUGGAGUUGUAUGUCGCCCUUUUCGCCGCGAGCGCACCCGCGCUCAAACCUUUCUUCCGACAGUUUUUCGUCGGCACCCUGGGAAGCAUUGGACAAAACUCAAGGAGACGCUGGUCAAGCCAAGCCGGCAAGAGAGAGGCAGAGCAGGGCGGCACGUGGGUGUCAGCGACUUCCAAAGACAGAGUCAUCAUGGACGUGGAGCAAAUUGGGAUGGCCUACGGCUAUGUGGAGCCAGAAUCCCGCUCCAGCGGCUUCUUGAGAGAUAUUGAGCAGGAUGAAACUCGCCAUUUCGAACUGCGGGCGAGUCGCGACGGCAAGAUCAUUCCAAUGCAGGUAUACAAAGCAAGUGCGAGCAGCGCCGAAAGACCCUCGAGCCUGUCCAGCCAGCACGAGCGCGGCAAUUCAAAGGCUAGUCCCCUACCCGACGACUGGCCUAUGUCACCCGACCCGACUUAUCCUCCUGCAAGAGACCGGUCGAGCCCAGCAACUACGUCGCAGCCCUCACAGCACCCACGGCACCCCCGAACGCCCUCCACUGCCUACGGCACGCUACAAGGGAGUGGACGGGCACCUAGGUUGAGGGCGCAGCCACGAACAUACCAUUCACGACCCGAUGGAUUUGGACUGAAUCCACGAUCUUUCGAAGACAUGCAUGACGGACUGGCGUCUGGAUCGAAGCUGGAGUCGCCUAGUGAUUCGGAUCCGGGCUCGAUGGACGUCGAUGAGAGGCCGCCCUGGAACACCAUCAAGACUUCGAGCAGUCUACAGACCAAAGACCGGGGCGACAGUGACGAGACGCUCAAUUUACCGCGGAUGGGUUCUCCGUUUGGCUCGGAUGUCGAUGGCAUUGUGCGAAGCGACAAGAUAGGGAGACAGUUACGAUGA